AUGUAGCAACAAAAUAAAGAAGUAAAUGAAUUAGUUAUUACUAGACUAAAAUAGGAAAGAAAGCAAUGGCGUCAAGAUCAUCCUCACAGAUUUGUAGCAAAACCCAUGACCAAAGAAGAUGGAACUAUCAAUAUGCUUAAAUGGUAUUGCGAAAUUCCUGGACCAGAAGGCAGUCCAUGGGAAGGUGGUGUUUAUAUUUUAUAUAUGGAUUUCUCUCAAUCCUAUCCUAUAAAGCCUCCUAAAUGUCAAUUUAAGCCUGUCCUUCCUCACCCUAAUGUCUAUCCUUCAGGAACUGUGUGUCUUUCUAUAUUAAAUGAGGAAGAAGAUUGGAAAUCAGCUAUAACUAUUAAAUAGAUUUUGAUGGGUAUAUAAAAAUUAUUAAAAGAUGAGCCUAAUAUUGAUAGUCCUGCUUAAUACGAACCUUGCGCUCUUUACAGGAGUGAUAAAGAAAAAUACUAUAAAAAAGUAAGAGAAUUUGCUGAAACCAUGAAAAAAAAAGACUGA